CAGCACAAAUCAACCACCAGCGAAGAAGAGUGCAGCUGCCUCUGAAAGCAUCGAUCAUGAAGGUUCUCGUGCUUCUCGCUCUUCUCUCCGUCUGCAAUGCCAACAUCUUGUGGCAGGAGCCGCCCAAGACCAACCUGGACAUGGUGAAAGAUGCCUUCUGGGACUACGUUGCCAAGGCGACGCUGAAAGCCGAGGACUCCCUGAAGCAGCUUAGACAGUCCGAGCUGGGACAGGAAGUGAACACUAAGAUCGCCCAGAGCGCCGACACCGUGAACCAGUACAUCGUCGCCCUUCGUGCCCAGGUGGCUCCGGCCACUGAGGACUUCCUGACCCAGUUAACCCAGCAGGCCGAGCUGCUGAAGGCCCAGCUGGAGAAGGACCUGACCGCCGCCGGCACCAGCAUGCAGCCCUACGCCGAGGAGAUGCUGGCCAAGCUGCAGGCCAAAGUGGAGGAGUUGAAGAAGGAGGUCACCCCCUACGCCGAGUCCAUGGACCCUGAGGCCCUGAAGACCGUCCUGCUGCAGAGGAGCAAGGAGCUGAAGGCUCAGCUGGACCAGAGCGUCAACCAGCUGCAGAGCCAGAUGGUUCCCUACACUGAGGAGAUGAGGAAGAACGUGGAGCAGCACAUGGAGGAGUUCCAGAAGAGCAUGAUGCCCCUGGCCAAGAGCUUCGAGACCCAGCUGGUCCAGAAGACCCAGGAGAUCCAGCAGAGACUGGCUCCAUACGAGGAGCUGAAGGCCAAGCUGGACGCCAGCGCUCAGGACAUGCAGGCCCAGCUCACCGCUCUGUGGGAGACCUUCACCAAGAUGACCCAGUAAAGCUUUCAUCAACCUCACAACCUUCACCUCCACCUGCCUCAAUGUAUCAAGUAUUUAUUCUCACCCAACCAGUGUUUAUUUUAAUAAAUAAAAAUCUGAUUACAACACAAGAGCUGUGUCAGUUGUUUCACUAAAGAAGCCUAAGCAGUUGAAUAGAAAAGUCUUGUACAUAUUUGUACAUUAGUUUGUUCUUUAAAGCAGUGCUGAGAUUCAUCCUGUUCAAAGCAGCAAAAAUCAGUCCUGUAAACCUUGAAGAAGUAAUUUGUACUAAUCCCAGGAUGUGUCCACUACAGCAAAAACAGCAAAACCUGAAAUUAAUACACUAAACAUCAAAAACUGGAUAUUAGCUCACAAAAUUAUUUUUAAAAUCAUCACAGCAAAACAUCAUAAAUUUGGAUAUUAGCACUCUAAACCAUGAAAACAUCAAUAUAUUUAUACACCACCUCUGAAAACGAGACCA